GGAGUUGUACUGAUAAUAUGGCACCCCACUUUCCUGUGAAUAAGUUCAGCACAAAUGGACAAGAGCCGUCUGAUUAUGAUCGUCAAGCCGUGAUGAUUACUAAUCAGAUUGGUAUGGAAGAAAAGAGUCAGCAGCUGGACGAGGAUUUUGCUGUAGUGGAGCCAAAAGAUGAAGAGUGUGCUGUAGAGCGACUUCAUCACUUGACAAAAAUAGUGACAGAAUUUCAAGACCAUCUCCGAGAAAGAGCCAGCAAUCAACUAGGUCAUCCCGGAAAUCAUAAUUGCAGCCAUUAUUUGGCUUUAUCGACACUUUUACAGUACAACAUAAACAACGUUGGCGAUCCUUUCAAGGAGAGUAACUAUGGUCUGCACACGAAAAAGUUUGAGGUAAGCGUUUUAGAUUGGUUUGCUCAAUUAUGGGGAAUCGACAAGGACGAAUACUGGGGCUAUGUCACCAAUGGUGGGACUGAAGGCAAUCUUCAUGGCAUUCUGAUGGGGCGAGAAUUACUGCCAAAUGGAAUUUUGUACACAUCCCAAGAAUCACACUAUUCUAUGUUGAAGAUUGCAAGAAUGUAUAGAAUGGAUUGUGAGACAAUAGCAAGCUUAGCAACUGGGGAAAUGGAUUGUAAUGACCUUCAAGACAAACUGCUUAUGAACAAGGAUAGACCAGCUAUCAUCAAUGUCACUAUUGGGACUACUUUUAAAGGAGCUGUGGAUGAUCUUGAUCUAGUUGUACAGACUCUGAUAGAUAGCGGGUUCUCGGACAAUCAAUUUUACAUUCAUUGUGAUGCAGCAAUGUCUGGUUUGGUCGUUCCUUUCCUCAAGCAGGUGACGAAAUUUACGUUCAAGAAGCCUAUUGGAAGUGUGAGCAUCUCCGGCCACAAGUUUUUAGGUUGCCCUAUGCCUUGUGGCGUGCUGCUAACAAGGAGAAAAUACAUUAAACUUAUCUCGAGAAACAUAGAGUACAUCGCCACUUGUGAUUCGACAAUUGCUGGUAGUCGAAACGGGCAUUCACCGAUUUUUAUGUGGUAUGUGUUGAACAUAAAAGGCUGGAAAGGACUCAAACAAGAUGUUGAAAAGUGCCUGAAAAAUGCUCGGUACCUGAGACAUCAUCUUAAAAAGGCAGGGAUAAGUUCAAUGCUUAAUGAGACGAGUGUCACUGUUGUGUUCGAGCGACCCCAGGACAGUGAGUUCAUUCGUCAUUGGCAACUACAGUGUCUGGGGAGCAUGGCUCAUGUUGUCGUGAUGCCCCAUGUUACGAUUGAAAUGUUGGACCGUUUCCUCUAUGAUCUAAUCCGAAAACGGAAUAUUUGGCAUGGGACACUGCACCCUCCUUGUCUUGCUGAGGAUAUGGGGAUUUGCAAUUGUGCUUGCCCAGUUCAUGCACGCAAGCACAUGAAUUGAACGAAACAUUCUUACUCUAAUUAGAUUUGACAAAAUCAAAUAAAUCAAAUGACAAGUAUUAGUCUGACCAAAUUCAAAUUGUAUUAGAAUUUCACGACUUGAGUACUAUGCAUUAAGGUUA